UGAUCAUCCUCUCAGUCCUUGCUUGUCCUCCCAUCCCGGAGAUCGACGGCUGCUUGCCGCACUCGCUCCAGCGGCCAGCCGGCCACAGGCAACUAUGGCCGCCUCUGCCGCCGCCGCGGGGCCUGCUACCUUUCUCCCGCGCCUCCCCUCGCCACGGUCUCCGUCUCCUAUGCUCCCUCCUCUCGGACGGAGAGCCCAUCCCGUCGCCGCUCCGCUCUGUCUCUCCGCCAAGCGCCGCGCCUGCGCCGCCAUGGGCUCCAGCUCCUCCUCCAACUCAGGAAAUCAAACGUCACUGAUGCUGCCGUUCAGCUUUACAUUCGAUGAAGAUUCUUCUAGUUCCAGAAGGCUAUAUAGAUGGAAAAGGGUAUUGCUCAAAGUAAGUGGGGAAGCUCUUGCCGGGAAUCACACAGAAAACAUCGACCCAAAGAUUACAAUGGCUAUUGCAAGAGAAGUUGCUUCUGUCACCAAACUAGGUGUAGAGGUUGCUAUUGUUGUUGGCGGUGGCAAUAUCUUCCGUGGGGCCUCUUGGGCUGGAUGUAGUGGGCUUGACCGCUCAUCUGCGGAUUACAUCGGCAUGCUGGCCACUGUGAUGAAUGCUAUAUUUCUUCAAGCGACGAUGGAGAGCAUCGGAAUACCGACCCGUGUCCAGACUGCCUUCCGUAUGUCAGAAGUUGCAGAACCAUACAUACGCCGAAGAGCUGUCAGACAUUUAGAGAAAGGAAGAGUUGUCAUAUUUGCUGCUGGAACAGGGAACCCAUUCUUCACGACUGAUACAGCUGCUGCUCUCCGUUGUGCCGAAAUCAAUGCAGAGGUAGUGCUGAAAGCAACAAAUGUUGAUGGUGUGUAUGAUGCGGACCCCAGGCAGAAUCCAAAUGCCCGCCUUCUGGAGACUGUGAGCUAUCAUGAAGUUACGACAAGAGAUCUCUCAGUAAUGGAUAUGACUGCUAUUACACUAUGCCAAGAAAACAACAUUCCCAUUGUCGUGUUUAACUUGCAAGAGCCUGGAAACAUUGCAAAGGCUAUUGUCGGUGAGAAGGUUGGUACCUUCAUCGGAUGCACAAGAGAUCAGGAGCUAAAUGGAAACACACUGGUUCAAGAAAGAAGAUUGGUUAAUGAGGCGUGAUCUCCAGAGAUGCAAGAGUUGGGGGGGCUCCCUCUUCUCUUAUUCAGUUUUUAUAUAUACAUAUGAGGUUUAGGGUUGGGGGCUGGUGCUGGAAUUAGAUUAGAUUAGCUAUCAAAAUCCUGAUAAUAGUUGUAACCGUGAAAUAAGACACUUGGACGAAAUUAAAAUUUUCCUGC